AAAAAUUUAGAGAGAGACAGAAAGUGCUAGUUACUUUUGAUUCCUUAUUCUUGAGUUCUCUUCUAAAUCCCCAGUGUUCUAGACGCUACUGGAUCCUUCGGAAAUCCGAACUGUGCCACAUCUCCUCUCCUGUACAAAAACCUUGUCAUCUGAGCUGACACUUUGCAUAUGAUCGAUCGAGUUCUCUCCUUCUUCUUCUUCAUCAUCCAAAAAUGUUCGGCGUUGUGUUCCCAAACCGUAGUUUCCCAAUGGACAUCUCCAGCUUCUCUCAAAUCGACACCUUCCACUGGGUCCUCGACAUGAACACCUUCGUGGGCGAAGCCUACGACCAAGUCCGCGAGCUCUGCAUAUUCCUCCUCAACUCCUUCACUCUCCCGCCGGACAAGGCCCUCGCCGUCUACAUCCAAGCCCCCGGCUCCGCCUUCCAGUUCUGCGGCGCGGUCACUCUCGCUCGCCCCUCCGCGGUGCUCUCCCUGGCGUGGCCGGAACCUACCGGAGAUGGGCAGCUGCAGCUGACGGCGGCCGAUGCGGCGCCGCUGUCGGCGAAGAUUGGGGUGUCGGUGGAGGACUUGGCGACGCUGCCGUCGCUGGACGUGGCGGCGGAGAAGAAGGUGGAGCGGUUGGCGAUGAAGGUUGGGGAGAAUUUGUUUAACUUCAUGCAGUCGUUUUGUGGUGUGGAUGGGAGUAAGCUGGUGGUGCCUAUGGAUAUUUUGGAUCGGUGGUUUAAGAAGUUUCAGGAGAGAGCUAAAAGGGACCCAGAGUACUUGAAGUCCUUUGUUUUCUGAAUUCUGGGAGGUACUGUGAUUUCUCAGUUUCUUUUUUUUUUUUUUUUGGUUUGAUUUGGUAAUUUACUAUGCAUGUCAAAAUCAGAAAUGGCAUUUGUAUUUUGGUGCAUUGUCAUUUUUGUAUUGAAUUUUGAUGAUAAGUGAUGUUCUUAGAUUAGAGAA